CUAUCCCAACAAUCUACGUCAGGGAAGAAAGAACGAUAGGUACAAGAUAAAAACGGCACUCGACACGGUUUGCCUCCACUCGUCAACGGAUCGCGGCUCAGUUCGGUUCAAAUUUGGGUUUCUUAUCGGCAUUCCUGCCGAAUAAAAAAAACGAAAAAUGUGCCCAACGUACAUAUCGGUGGUGUUAAUCAUUUCCGGAGCAAUUUCCUGCCUUGCGCAACACUCGACACCCAUCGUGAACAUUCAGGGGCUCGGUAACGUGCAGGGCACGAUCGGGUACACGGCUUGGUCCAACCGGACGAUCUACGAGUUCCAAGCCAUUCCUUAUGGCCAAGCGCCGGUGGGUGCGCUUCGGUUUAGCCCACCGGAGAAAAUAGGAGCGUGGGGCGGCACAAGGGAUGCCUCUCAGCCGGGCGUACGGUGUCCGCAGAUUGUCGACGGCUACGAAAACGUGGACGACGAGGACUGUCUCAGCUUGUCGGUGUACUCGAAUAGUCUGGACGCGUCUCGCCCAGUCAUGGUGUACAUCCACGGCGGCUGGUUCAUCUUCGGAGGAGCCGACCAUCACAAAGCGAACCAUCUUCUGGAAUCGGACGUCGUUCUAGUUGUGAUUCAGUAUCGUCUUGGGCCGCUGGGAUUCUUGAGCACAAUGACUUCCGAUAUUCCUGGAAACGUUGGAAUACUGGACAUGAUAAUGGCCCUCGAGUGGGUCCAACAAUACAUUCAAUACUUUGGUGGAGACGCAUCACAAGUGACGAUAUUUGGCCUAUCGGCAGGAGGGGCGGCUGUUUCUACACUGCUGCAUAGUCCGCUGGUGCAGACUCGUUCAACACCCCUGUUCCAUAAGGCGAUUUUCCAAUCAGGAUCAGUGUUCGCCCCGUGGGCCAUAACUGAUGAUCCCGUUGAAGGAACCAAUGACAUUGUUUCACGAUUAGGCUGCACAGGUGUUACAACUGAGCAGUGUUUACGCACCGCCACCGUACGAAGUCUUCUCGGCGCAUUCAAUGCUCAUCGAAAAGAAACCAUAAUAAAUAAAGGAUACCCUUCUGUGGCGGGAUGCGGCAUUGUGGUUGGAGGACCAUCUCCAGUCUUCCCACUGCACCCGAAAAAUUAUCUCACGCAAGCUAAUAAGGACAUCCCCGUCAUGGCUGGAACUACAUCGCAAGAUGGUUUGUUCCUGUUGGACGAGCUUCAUGAACUACAACCGCAUUUGCUGCAAUCUCUCAAUACAUCAAACGCCCUGCUGCAGUACAUUCGCACAUUGCACGAAAAAUUCGGCCACUCUCGAUUUGACGGAUCCUUGGAAGGGUACGCUUUUAGUCGAAACUUCCUCGUGAGAGAAACAAAUGGAAUGCGUUGGGAUGACAUGGUUGCUAGUUUGACUGAUAUUUGUGGAAACCACGGCAUCAAGGGUCCCGUGAUGACGGAUGUGCAGUCUUUCGCUCUUGUGAACCCUGGAAACGUAUAUCUGUACAGUUUUGACUAUACGAAUGGACAGCUAUUCAGGCCGCUCAAAGUUCCAUUCCCGCAUAAGCUGCCAGUUCAACAUGGUGAAGAGCUGAAGUAUCUCUUUCCCAUGCAAACUUUGUCCGAAGCCGAUAUAGAUAUUGCGAAAUCAAUGGUUCGGCUAUGGGCGUCGUUUGCCAUCAGGGGAGCUCCGUCUUCAAGUAACGUUGCUUACUGGCCGCCUGUUGAUGGACUUUUUGGACCGUACUUGAAGAUCAACACAGAAAGUGAGCAGAUGAACUACUACUACAAUGAGUUCACAGCCACUGCCGAAAAAUAUCGCGUCUACGGAGCGGGAAGCCGACUGAUGGUUUCCUUUGGAUCGAUUGCAACAGUUUUGACUUUGUGCUUUGUUGCGAAUAUAUUUUUUUGAUUAGGUAGCUGUAUCUGUGUGAAUUGUGUGAAAACUUUUGACUCUGAUGUUUAGAGUGCAACGUACAAGUAGGUGUAGUUUACAAGCAGCUGAAAAUAACAGAUGACGCAUUGUAUUUGCAAUACUCGUUGCGAUAAUAAAACGUGAAGCAAUAACUCGUACAAGCUGGUAUUUAUAACAUAAAUUAUACGAAAAUAAAACUAGUAAACAUUUUAAA